AAGGGUUAAACCACUGAAUCUGGCAACCCUUCCUCUAGCUAACGCUUGUUAACUCAUCUUGCGCGUGCGCAGUAACAGUAUCCGAGUUUAUCGAAGAUGUCAUUCGCCUGGAGACUGCUCAUAAGCGCCACUAAAACAGCGUCACCUCACCUUCUCAAAGUUGAGACCGCGAGAGCAUGUUCAGCUCCUCUGACCUCCAGCACGCGCUACAGCAGCGCCUCCUCUACCAAACAGGAGCAUCAGAACCCAUCCUGCGGUCCGGCUGAGAGCAUCCAGCUCAGUGAAUCCUGCGUCAGGAGGCUCGCUGAGAUUAUGGAAAAGGGAGAGUAUCUGAGGAUAGCAGUGGAGGGAGGGGGAUGUUCGGGAUUCCAGUAUAAAUUCUCAGUGGACACUGUUAAAAAUGAAGAUGACAGAGUGAUUGAAAAGAAUGGUGUGGGGAUAAUAGUUGACCAGGACAGUCUGGAGUUUGUCAAAGGAUCCACUAUCGACUUCAGUCAGGAGCUCAUCCGUGCCUCCUUUCAGGUGUUGAAGAACCCGCAGGCUGAACACGGCUGCUCAUGCGGCUCGUCCUUCUCCGUCAAAAUAUGAUCCCCGUCCUCUCUCCACCACAGCGUUAUAGUUUAUGAAGUUGUUAAUGAGUGCAGAGCUAUGUGCUUAUUGAAGAUCAGCCAGAAGCAUGACGAUAAGCUAACGUGAGGGGUUCUGAUAUGCUAAAUUUAUUAAUAUGACAACAGAGGACGUAAUAGAAGAAAAACAAAAAUCAGACCCUACAGUUGUUGGUGUGUUGUAUAUAAGGAAGAUUGUAAAUAUAUGUCUAAUAAAGUGAAAAUAUAAUAUAA